GCUGGCCAAUGGGGGGUGUGUGUGGCGGCGUCUCCAUGGUGACGGGGCUGUUCCCGGGGAGGCUGUGAUGGGUUGACAGGUGCGUGACAGUCGGAGCUCUCCGCAGGCAUGUACGGCAAAGGCAAGAGCAACAGCAGCGUCCCGUCCGACAGCCAGGCCCGGGAGAAAUUAGCACUGUAUGUAUAUGAGUAUCUGCUCCAUGUAGGAGCACAGAAAUCAGCCCAGACAUUUUUAUCAGAGAUAAGAUGGGAAAAAAACAUCACACUGGGGGAGCCCCCAGGAUUCUUGCAUUCCUGGUGGUGUGUAUUUUGGGAUCUCUACUGUGCAGCUCCAGAAAGACGAGAAACGUGUGAACAUUCAAGUGAAGCGAAAGCCUUUCACGACUAUAGUGCUGCAGCAGCUCCCAGUCCAGUGCUAGGAAACAUUCCCCCAGGAGAUGGCAUGCCAGUAGGUCCUGUACCACCGGGGUUUUUUCAGCCUUUCAUGUCCCCUCGGUACCCUGGAGGUCCAAGGCCACCUUUAAGAAUACCUAAUCAGGCACUCGGAGGUGUCCCAGGAAGUCAGCCAUUAUUGCCUAGCGGGAUGGACCCAACAAGGCAGCAAGGGCAUCCAAACAUGGGUGGGCCGAUGCAGAGAAUGACUCCUCCAAGAGGAAUGGUUCCAUUAGGACCACAGUCUGACCCUUGGUUAUCAUUGCAGAACUAUGGAGGUGCAAUGAGACCCCCACUGAAUGCUUUAGGUGGCCCCGGAAUGCCUGGAAUGAACAUGGGUCCUGGGGGUGGUAGACCUUGGCCAAACCCAACCAAUGCCAAUUCUAUACCGUACUCUUCAGCAUCUCCUGGGAACUAUGUAGGUCCUCCAGGGGGUGGAGGGCCACCAGGAACACCUAUCAUGCCUAGUCCUGCAGAUUCAACCAACUCUGGAGACAACAUGUACACUUUAAUGAAUGCAGUACCACCUGGACCCAACAGACCUAAUUUUCCAAUGGGGCCAGGGUCAGAUGGACCUAUGAGUGGACUGGGUGGAAUGGAUUCACAUCAUAUGAAUGGAUCAUUAGGCUCAGGAGACAUGGACAGUAUUUCCAAAAACUCUCCCAGUAAUAUGAGCAUGAGUAAUCAGCCUGGCACUCCCAGGGAUGACGGUGAGAUGGGUGGAAACUUCCUCAACCCUUUUCAGAGUGAGAGCUACUCCCCUAGCAUGACAAUGAGUGUGUGAUCCGUUAACAAGUCUCGCCAUGAAGACCACAGUGAGUUGGCCCUCUUCAGAGAGCUACUGCAGAAGAAAAUUAUUCGUCCCAGUGUACAGUUUAACAAAAGGAUCUCAGACACAAUCAGACCCACCUUUAUUAUUUCUUUUUUCUACCAUCUCCCCCGUUUUGUCAAGAAAGUGGGUCCCAAACAUGAUUGAGAAAACUGUAAAGAGUGGCAUUAAGAGAACUGCCUAAGAUGGAACUGCAAACAAUUAUCUGUGUAUGUACAUGUGUGGGUUGAUGUGUAUGUAUGUCUGUGUGAUAUAAAAAUACACACAUACAUACAUAGACCUGCAGGACAUUGUAAAAUAUUAUCAUGACAUCUUAACUAGAAAUGAGACGUAGGGACUUUUAUUCCUUUUUUUUUUUUUCCCCACGUUUACAUUUUAAUUAUUAAAAUUUGCUUUCCCUCUCCCCUCCUGAACUGUUUCAUGUUGCAUAUAUCACUGCUUUAUAAGUUAUUUUUUAAGGUGAACUCAAAAUGAUAAAAUUCUUCUGAUUUUGUUAAUGUCUGCCAUUAUAGAUAGGAAUAAAAUUGCUUAUAAGAGCUUUCAUUAACUUGUGUUUGAUACCAGUUACCCUGUGAAUCACAAACUGUACUGUCUCAAGAAAUAGAAGAAAGCUCGUCUUAAAUUUUUUGGAGAAAUUUAAUAAUUUUCACUUAGUUUGGGGAUUUUUUUUAUACUUUGCCUUUAAAAAAAGAAGCACUGAAGGUUAUUUUCUUCUUCUUUAAUUGAAGCCUAAUAUCUGCAAUAUCUAUUUUAAAUGGAAGCCUGAAUUUGAUACACGAUUCUCAGUUUAUAUAGAGUACUAUAAGGUUACUGUAAGUGAGCUCCAAUUGCUAUAGAAUCUAGCAAUAAAAAGUCAGGGCUUCUUCUGCCCCUGGAAAUGAGUUUUGUAUUUAGCAUGAUCUUCCAUAGGGGUGGUUGUACAGUAGAGUCCUUACACCAAAACCUUGUCUAACAAUUAUGUUUUCCCAUUUCCACUGAUUCUUAACCAGAUGGUAACAAUCCAGUUAUAAGCAGCAUUUCCCAAGCCCAUUCAGAAAACCAGGUCAUCCUACUAUUCGGGGGUGUGUUUUUCAUCACAUUACCAGAAAUAAUUCCUCAAAAUUUUCAGUAAACAGCCUUUUUCUUUUUCUCUCUCUCUUUUUUUUUUUUUUUUUUUUUUUUUUUUUGAGCCAAAAUGAUGCAGUAAACUUUUUAUGACCGCUGGCCUUGUGAAGGUCUCACUUUUGCCAUGAACAGAAGAGAAAAUAAGGUGUGGGCCAUUUUAUAAGGAGGUCAGCCUGUUUUAGACAUGAAAGCUGAGGACAGAAAGGAGAAAGGGCAUAUGGUCUUAAAGGAAAUGCUUCUGGAAGCAAUCCCAUGUCUCUUCAGGCAAAGCUCUAAACCCAAGGUUAUAGCACAUGUAGUUCCUAAUGACUUUCAGCUCCCCCAAGAAAACAAAAGUUUUCAGUUGUGUAGUGAUCAAAAGGUUGAUGAUCAGCAAUGAGGCCAGGAAGAGGCUGAACAAAAGUUCAUGCCACAGACAAAAAACCAAGUCCUCUCCUUGGACUUUGCAUACAGAAGAGCCACUUACGUAGGAGGAGCAGUUCUGAGAUGUGCUAUGGCUGUGAAGUCUUGCAAGGACAUUUUUUUCAUGAACUUAUGAUAAGGAAGAACAUCUAAUGGACUCCUUGUUUUAGUUGCUGCACACAAUGGGAUGUGCAAGGAAUACUACAAUCUCUUAGCUCAUUUUUAUUUACAUAUAUUAUAUGUCUAAUAUAUGAAUAUAAUAUAUAAUAUAUGAAAAUAAAAAGGUGUAACACUUGUUACUCUCUCAUUAGAGGUAUUUAAAGAUGAAACUCUUGGAGGCUUAAAAUUAUGUUAAAAUAUCAAAGAUUUUGGCAGCAUUACUUUUUAGUGAUAAUAACUACUUUGAUUAGUUGUAAACAUAAACUAGAUAGUCAUUAGAUUAUUUUGUGGACUUAAUUCCCAGUGAUUAUGAAGGUUACAUUCAUCUGCUUAUCUUUGGAAAACACUCCGUUGCUGUUCCAAAAGAUGCUAGAAGCCCCUACUACGGAUUUGAGUUACAAACCCACAAAAAUCAGACCUAGUUUCCUCAGACCGUUUGCUGUUGUCACUGAUACCACUGAUUUCAGUGGCUGUGUCCCCAGUGCACUGCAGGGUCCAGGUGUCCUUGCAGCCUGCAUUUGACACCGGUAUUAUCCAUGGUAGUCUUCCAAGAAGGUCUUUUGUGCCCAGCCAGGUGGUCACUUGCCACUGGGCUACGAUAAAUGGAUAUGCCUGGACUAUGCAUCAAGUGCCAAAGCCCAUUCAUGCACCAAGUGUACCCCUGAGUGAGCUCUUACACCACCGAAUGCAUGUGGGGUCUGUUCUGUACCUCCAGGAAGCCCCUGUGCUGUCCUGUGCCAAGCUGGGGCUCCAGCAGGCAAGCAGUGUAUCCAGUGACCACCCGACAGCAUCACUGAGGGCUCUCUUACAAGACAGUGUAUGUGCCGCUCUAGCUUUGUACUGAGGCAAAAUUAAGCAGAGUAAGGUUUUAGGAUUAAUCACAGUCUUGAUUAUUUUUUUUCUUUCUGAAUUUUGCAUUAUCUGCAAUAUUUUAGCUUAUAGGCUCCUGUUAAGGAUGAAAAUCUGACCAUUAAAUUAAACCUGUGCAGAGAAGCACCUUAAACGCAACUGCCAGCACAUACCGAAUAUAAUUGUAAAAAUAUCUUAUCCUAGUUUAUAUAGAAGAGCAUAACAUCCUUUCAGGCACAUAAAUUUUCUUCUGUAGCUCUUUCAAACUCCUUUCUAUGCAAUUUUUCUUGCUGCCAGCAUGUCUUUGUUUCCCCUGUUUCUUUUCCAAGCCAUUUAUACAGAUCAAAACAUUUAUAAUACUGUUACACUGAUCCUGCAGUGUUAAUCUGGGUAAAUACAUUCCUGGCUUCAAAAUGAACAGGCCCUGAUUCUCAUAGCCUGUCCUUCACUGCAAGUUAGUAGGUAUGUCCGGCACCUCUCAUCCCUGCAUAGUCCCACAGACUGAGGGAACAAAAGAUGUGCAAGCCUGCAAAAUUUUAGAUUUGGAAAAUCUCCUUGAAUACUCACUGCAUAUCUUAAUUGCUAGAAUUUUAAUCAGAUAUAAAAUGAAACCUAAUCAUCUGCUUUCUGUAGCGGAUGCUUACAUCCCUAUGCUUAUGUACAUGAGUAGGGUUACUUACAUGUGCAUUGGCAAGCCCAGGUGAUAAUAACCAUACAUAGUUUUCUGCAGCUGAACUAUGAGAAAGCAGUCUUAUGUGCUAAAUAUUCAACUUUAAAAAUAAAGGGUGUCCCUUUGGGUGUUGGUUUGGUUUGUUGUUUUUUUGGGGUUUUUUUUAAUAUGCAUAGAGCUCUUCGCUUGUUCACUUCUUCUCUUUCUUUUGGUUAUAAUCCUUACAGUAUUUCCAACAUAUCUAGAGCAUUAAUGUGGAAAGACUGUUUUUAAGCAUUGACUUACUUCCACUUACAUUUCUAAUACAUUUGAUACGAGUGUGUAACAUAACUGCUUGUUUAUACUUUUUGUUACACAACAGCAUUACUCAUGUCAGAACUUGUCCAGCUCUAGGAGGAAUUCUAUUUUAAGUAAGUGAUGCAGAAUAGUUUUUCCACACUGGGUUUUUUAUGUAGAUUUCUCUUUUUAAUACAGUAAUAAAUAGAUCAUGGUCCUGUAAAUUGUUCUCUUAGGCAAAGUCAAAGUAAGGCUUUUUAAAAACAGAAGUGAUGAAACCUUAGAGUAGCAGAAAUGGGGAGUAAUGGAUGUCUCAUACUGGGAGAAUUCUGGCAAAUAGUCUGGCCUUCUACAAAACAGCUGAAAUUAAGAUUUACUUGUGAAUUUCACAGUGAAAUUUAAUCUGCUGCAUAAGCCUAUGAAAAGGAGUGUUCUUACCCAGAUUUUAUCUCCAUGUCUAAUUCUUGUAUAGGCAAGAACCAGAUUUAGGGCAAAGAAACAGCUGUAUGAAUCACAUGUAAAGCAUGUGGCCUGACAUGCACAUUAAACAAAUACCUGGAUAUUUGCAUGUAGAGGUUAAAUUAUUUUAAUUGUAGGAGCAUGAGGAAGAAAUGCGGUUGCACUCCUGUGUUCCCCCCUCCACUGUACAGUGAGUUUGGUGCAUGUAAAAAACAUGGCAAUAACAUUGAGUCUUUGACAUGCUGCCCAGUGACAUAAAUGUGCCUCAGCUUGACUCGAAGGCAUCUCAGAGUGACAGUCCCCAGAUCAGAGGAUCGUCCGUCAGCCUGUGGCUGAGGCUGGAUUUACCAUUUUUUGUUUGGAAGCCCUUCUGGUUGCAGAGCUCAUACCACCAGUGGGUCACACACCCACAGAUGGCAACAACUUUCAGACUUAACCAGCCUGCUUCCCUCAAUGUAGGAUAAAAUGCCCCAUGUACCACGAUAUCCAGCUGUUGCUUUUCCUUGCAAUGGGAAUACACAACAAUAAAUACGUAGGCUGUUUAUUUGAAAUAAUUCAAACUAGGAAGAAGUGAACAGUCUUGCUUCUUUAUGGAUACCAAUUCAUAUGUCAAAAGGACAGCUUCUUGAACUGGCUAGAAAUCAUUUGAAUUUUCUCCUGUUCUGUGGCUAGCAAAUGAAAUACUGCCUGUAAAGAUGAUUUGGAAUUAGAUGGAUAAUUUAAUGAGGGACCAGCUGUUCCAGUAUUCAGCGUUGAACAUUUUAUUCUUUUUCUUCCCCUUGACCAGUCAAAAUGAAUUUUCAGCUGAUACAUAUUGCAGUGAUUUCUAUUUCUCAGCUCAGUUAAUUAUUUUGAAGUGUUAUCUCCUUUUCCUAGUCAGCCUUGAUUCUUUUUUGUUGUGGUGGCUAAAUAAGGACUGGAGUCUUCCAAGAUUUGACCCUACGCAUUUUCAUUUGGAGAAUGUAAAAUGGAGCUUUAACAAUGAAAAAGAAAAAAAAAAAAAAAAAAAAAAGAAAAAUCUUAGUGCAGGUGAAUUUAUUUUUCUUUAAUUCACUGUGAUAUAGCCAUGGCUCCUGUCCCAAACACAUUUGGGUUUGGUCGGGCCCAAAGGAUGAGAAUCCUGACAAAAGCACAUCUUUCAAGUAAAUCUCAAAAAUACUCUUCCAACAGUGACAGCUCAUUUCUCAUCAGAGUGAUCACACUUACAGAUCUAAUUCAGGAUUUAAUGAUAUGAAACAACUAUAAAAAUUCAGUACACUCAGAGAUAAAUGAGUUAGAUUAAAUGUUACUGUGUGCGGCUUCCUCUACUUUCCUGACAGCCCUGUAAGCUGCUGCUCAUGCCAGUUGUCCUGCUGAAACUGAUGAAAACACUCACAUAAGGUCAUUUUUUUGGUAGGAUUUCACCCUGAUCUGGAUGAAAUAUGUAAUUUAUCUGAGGUGUGACAUUAUUUGGCAGAUGUAUAAACUGAAUAUAUAGAGCGAAGUACAGGGGGUCUGUUGAAAUUAUAAAAAUGAUGUUUCAACCUGAAAAAAACCAACUAAAACCAAGAAAAAGUCCUUAUCUGAAAUACUGCUUCAAGUGCAUGCUUGCAAAUUUUCUGCCAGUGCUGUUAUCUUGGGGAGAAAAAAAAAAUACAGUAACAAAUCAGCUAUUCAGCACAUUAAAACUCUGAUCCUGCAAACACAGGCAGAUUUGUUUGAAAUUAAGCCUGCACUUGAUUAAUUUUAAACAGAUUUAAGAAUACAGGUAGUAUCCUUCAGGAAAGUGAGACUGCUAAUAUGCUAUAACCAUGCUUGAGCAUGAACAGUCUAGAAGCUCAAAUUUAGUCUUCCCUAAGCAGACAUUAUUUUAAAGAUUCUACCAAUGCAGGAGCAUGUUUAUGUAUUGGUAGUACUGAUAUGCAGAACAGAUUUGGCUUUCUUCUGUUUCUUAUUUUAUUAGAGCAUUGCUCGCUACUACAUGAAUUAUUUUUGUGAACUUGUCCUUCCAUCUUGUUUUCAAUUGUGCAGCCAUAGUUUCCCUCAACAUAGCUAACAGCUUUGCGAUUUUAGUCCAAAUUUCUGUUUGGUCAGUGUUCUUUCAGUUUAAGCUUAAAUUGUGUAAGAAAGCCUCUCAUGUAAUGGGAAAACUUGCCAUAAAAAUGUAUAAAGGUUUUCUUGGGUACAUGUUUUCACAUUUAAUAAAAACGCAAUUUUCAGUUAUAAUUUGAAAUGGUCACUUUAUAGCCACUAUUUAAUUUCUAUUUGUAAAAGAAAUCGAGGAAAAAAACAUUUAUUUAUUUGAAUUCAGCAUCGUAAAUAUAUGUUGAAAGAUGUGGGUUUGGGAAAAACAGAUCAAAAUUAAAUUUACUGCCUAGUUACAGCCGGGCUUUUAUGCUGAAAGCUCCUUCCACACCCCCAAAAGUGGAUUGCUUAAUGUAUGAGUUUGUAAGAGCCUAAUUCACAAAUGUAAUUUUAUUUUCUAUUGCGUGUUUUCACAGUAUCUCAUGGGGGAUUCAGGGUGCCCCUUAGCUGUGCAGGGUUCUGUGGUUGUAUCUCUCAAAAGAGUAACCGAGUGGUCAAGCAGGCUUGUUCACAGGGUCUAGUAAUUAAGGACUGGUAAUUAAUAUCCACCAGAUGUGCGCUCAGAAACAAGGUAUUCGUACGCUACCUCGCUGUUCUCUUGAGAACUUGUACAAUUCUUCUUGCAGUUAGGUAUGGGGAUCCUUCAAGACUUUACAAUGCUGAGACAAGAAGAAUAAUUUUGCCAAGAGAAAACUCUGGCAGUUUAGCACCAGUUUUCAUAGAGAAUCAGCACAAAACAUGGGGAUUUUUGAAAGGUGAUGCCUUUUCUCAAUACCCUGGGUGUACCAGGAAAUAGACCAUACAAUUUAGAAGUUUGGUCUGUUAUAGAGAUAUAUACAGUUCCUCAGAUUAGGAGGGAAUUAUAACAAUAACCAUGGCCAAACCUAUGUUUGUCCCUAUAGAGUGAAAUCAUCAGCAAUCGUUUUUGAUGGGAAGAAUUAUUGCUAUGGAACAACUGCUCCAAUCCUUGAGGAGCCAAAUUAUCAACUGGAUGAACUGGAUAUUUGUAGGUUUCAUUUCUGUUGUUUAAUCUUCAUGGUUUUUUCUCUCUCAUUUGGAUUUUCCUAUUAAAUGUAUUGUGCCAGAUAUCUGCACAUAAAUAAGAUCCAAUAAAUAUACAGAAAGUUAUUCAAAUCUAUAUCUAAAGCCCUGCUACAGAGAGUUUAUUUCAUUAGAGACAUUGAGCAUAACAACAAAUGUGGAGUGGCAGUGCGGCAUCCUGAGAGCUGUUACUGUUCAGGAUUAGGAAAGUUAGCCUAUCACAGACUCACAUUAGACCAGAUGAUUUCUAGCAAUGACAUAAAGUAGCUUGAAACAAAAGCUGAUAUUUACCAUGCAGAUUGGAGGGAAAUAAAAUUCAAAUAGAUGAUUUGUAAUUGAGGUGGAGCUUUUACUAGAAUAGCUUGCAAAGUAUGUUACUAGUAACAAGCUUGUUAUCAGCAAAACUGGUAGCUAAGGUUCAGUAGCUGCUCUCUUUUUUAAAGCAGAGGUGCAUCCUGAUCCUGCAGAGUUUGUAAUCCCCCGCAGAAGGGCUGGGCUUCUUAAUCGAGGCAGGUUGUGGAUCAGGGGCUGCAAUAUCCACCAGCCACACCUUUUGUUACAGAUGAGCAAAGUGCAAAUGCCCUUCCAGUGGGUGUCAAAGUCCAUCUGUAACAGGAGCAUGGAGCGCGUCCAACAGCUUAGCAGAAAAGAAAAGCCGUGUUUGCUAAAUUGUUGUCAAUAAACAUGAUGUUCACAAGCAAGUAUAAGCUGUUGCCCAGUCUAUUUUAAUUUUUCUGAUUAACUUCUAGCUUUGAUUUGAUUUACAUUAAUGAUUACAUUAAUUUACAUUAAUGAUUAUGUUGACGGUUAAGGAAGAGAAUACAAGUUCCUAAACUAGGGCUAAAAUACAGACAUAAAAGAGUGGCAUGAGUAAAGUGGAAGCUGGAGCUUUCUGUUAGUUGAGAAGCAAGUAAAUUUUUAUUAUCCAUAAAAUAAACUUUUUUAGCCUUGUAGUGGCUAUUUGAGAAGUGUGAAUUAAAAUGCUGUAUAUGCUUAGAGUAUAUGCUGUAUAUGCCCCCCAAUUUUGAGGGCUUUUUUUGUGGCAAGUAUCCCCUUGCAAAAAUGUCGCAGUGCAUCUAUUUUGUGCAUGUUUGCCUAAAAACACAAAAAACAAUUUUUUCUAUGGAUUGCUGUAUAUGCAUCUGGCAAACACUUGUUUAUGGUGGGAAGAGGAGGUGGGUUUGAUAGCUGGUGGGUUAGCAUAUUUAUGUGAAUUACUUAAAGCAUUGGUAAACUAUUGUCAACUUUGUUCACAUUGCACAAGAUACUCUGUGUAGUCUACUGCUGGCAUUAUAACCUCAGUGAUCCAUGCAUAUUCUGUAAAUUCCUGUAGGUUUUGUGUAAGAAGCCUUGUCACCAUUGCUUUCUACUGUAAAUUGUUUUGAAGCAAGAGGUGGCAUUUGAUUGUACAGCCAUGUGUAUUAUAUACUACAACAGUACUUGUUCUCUCCUCAAAACUUGCUGUUCACAUAUAGGUAAAAGCUUUGUUAAGCACGCUUAGUGGUUUCAGAAUUUAUUUCAAACAGCAGAUAUAUAAAGCCAUUUGCAGGAGUAUUAAAAGUAAGAGAAUUCAACCCAGCUCAUAUCUCUUUGGGGGUUGGAUUUUAGCAGACAAUGGGCAGCUGCAGGUUAGCACAUUCGUGGCUCCAUGCCAGGCAUGCAGUGUGUGCUUUUCAACUGCACCAGUGCCAGGACAGAAACCCAUCUGUAAAGGUAUGCAAGGGAUAAAGCACUGCCUUUGUAUUGUGUCCUUAUCCCCAGCCACCACAGGUUUUAUGUGUGGCAAUGUUUUAAGGAAAAUUUAAUUCUUUGUCUGAUUAUGGAGAUAAAUAAUCCAAAUUCUUGGACGCUGGAUUAUUUUUUAUUACUAUUUUAUGAUAUACAACAAAGACCUGAAAUUGUGUGUGUGUUCUUUGCUGGUUUCUGACAUUCAAGUCCUGUCUAGACUGAAAGACAGUAUUGAGAAAAGUGAAAAAGUUGGGAAAGUUGAAGGGGAUAAUUACUUUGAUUAUUUUAAAUUCUGUGUUUUACAUGUUUUUAUUGAUUGUUUAAAUGUGUAGGUUAAUAUUUUGAAUAAAGGCAGUCUUUGUUACUGAUUUUGCACCGUCACCCUUUCACAUUGAGUACUUUCAAUAAAUGUUCCUGACACUUCCAAGCCAGUGUGUAGAUAAAUUCCCUGUAUUUCUAAGGUCAAAAAAAAAAAGCUUCUACUGAUUAUUUCAGCCCUUUACAAAAAAAAAACCAAACCAAAACAAAAAAAAAAAACCAAAAACAACAGGGCAAUCCCAGUCCCAUAAUCUCAAGUAUUUGCAGGUCACAUCUGAACGAUCAGGCAGGUGUAUUUUAGAAAAAGAAUGACCUUCAACAUCAGAAAUAAAACUAAUGUUCGUACUCCGGUCUCUAGAAGUAAAGAAAACUUCAGUAAUUUUCCAAACCAGCAAGAAUUAAAUUUAUCAAUAUAAAUAUUAAUGUAGAAAAUACAUGUAAAACUAAAUACUGCCUCUGACCUUAAGCAUUAAUAUGUAUAAUACUGGGGGCCUCACAAAUGUUGUGUAUUUCCAAACACCUGUAUUUCUCCUCAGUGUGUGCUUCUCUAUUAGCAUCUACUGUAGAGAGCCAAUACAUGCCAUGCCAAAAUUGCUCAAAAGCAUGGAGAUACAAAAUUCCCACAACAUCAUAAAUACGCUGAUGUGUGCAUGUUGAUUUGAUUUACAUUAAUAAUAAUGUAAUGAUAAUUGGGAUGAGUAACCUCUCCAACUGCAAACUUCUCCAGACCUUGUGUGAAACAUUUAAAAGCAGCCUCUGGGACAGGUGUAGAAGGGCAGUAGCCUGUGUUGAUGAAAGGUCCAACACGCUGCCCAGGUCAAAAAACCUAGGUCAUAAAAUCAAGUCUCACUGGUUUAUCUUUUAAAAGAUCCUUGCGAGACUGGCAAGUUUGCAAGGAUUGCGUGGGUCUCUAACCACAACAUGUAUCUAGUUUGGAGCCUUAGACAAGGCUGACAGGCUGUGAUUUGUAAUGGUAAUACAUACUACCACAUCAGGCAUGUUUCUGCUCCAAACUGUGGCCUGACUCAUCCUACCUUAAUUUUAGCUGCCUAAAAAUUACCAGCCUAUGUCUAUCCUGUAAGCCAGAGGUGGGACAGAAGAGGGAUAUGCCUCUGGAAGAUUUCCCUCUCCAUUGGUGAAACCUGCAUACUUUUAACUGCCUACAAUUAGGUGGAAUGAAUCCAAGGCUUUUUAUUUAGCUUCACAUCCCUGUUACACAAAAGUAUCAGUCGCACUGUCACACUUUGCCUGCACUGAUUCAUUCAUUGAAAGCAACACAGGAUCAAACCAUCAUUGCACAGAUGGAUCAACACGAGCCAUAGCAUAUGAUGCUUUUAAAUUAAGCCCUUGUGAGGUUGUAACUAAGAUAUUAAUGUUCAUAAAUUUCUUGGGAUGGCUAAAGAUUCCUUUCCUGGGAGCUUUAAGGAAUAAAUCUAGAAGAUCCUCAUUUAGGACUGUGAGAAUACAGGUAGUAAUGCCAGUUUAUGGUGGGGAUUUUUUGUAAACGUGCAGUAAAUGUAUAUGAUUUCACAUGCUGGUUUGGAAACAAGGAUAUCUUUGCAUCAGUGUUACUGUGGAUUAGCAAAGUACUUUUAUAGCAGGUUCCACCUCAGGCUUUCACUGAACACCUACUUUAUUCUAGUUUAACCAGAUUAUAUUUCUUCGUUAACUGCUGGUACGAAAUCGUAACAGCAGUUGUACUGAUUCUGGCUGAGAGCUGAGGAACAGUUGAAGAUUAAAAAUUGCACCUUGUCACCUUCAUGAAGAGUUCACAUUCUCACAGCUGGGCUUGAGACAGCAGCUGAAGUUGCCAUGUAACUUCAUCACACAAAAGUGGGUGUAAUUUUUUUUGGUGAGUUUUAACAUGAGCGGUAUUGAUAGAUUUAUUUCCCAAGUCGUAAGUCAUUCCGUGUUGAAAAUUAUACACAUCUGGUGUAGCUAUGAAUAGAAGACAAAAAAAAAUUGUUUUUUUAUGAUAUGCUAGUACAAUCCCUGCUCUGCUGUUCAAUAUUUUGAGUGCUGAACUUAACCAAAACUUUACGUUCAUGGAUUAUCUUAGCCUCAUCUCUGCAUGAAGAUAGGUGUGAAUUUCCAGUGACUGACUGUGGGUUCUCAGUGAAUUCUGGGCCACAGGUUGCAGUGGGAAAGAUUGCUGUGGCAGCCACUUUUCACUUUUUGACAACUUUUCAGAUGGAUAAAGCCAUUCUGCCUGUCGUCUGACACUCUUCCAGUGUUCUCAGUGGAUCACCAUGUUCUUGAGUAUCUUGAUGGGUACUGUCAGCCAAUGGAGGGAAGGUGAGCAAGCUCACCAUCCAGGAAGAGUAGAAAUGUAGCGAGUAAUGAGCUAUCUUCUCCAGCAAUCAUUUAUUUUUAGUACUUAACUUUCCAUUAACAUUUGCAUCUUCAGUUACUAUUUUACCAUUCGGUAUCUUGAGGUGGUAUAAGCAAAAAAUAUAUGAGCAUAUAUAUGAUUUACAAGAAAUACAGGCUUGUAUCGUGCCUUUGUAAUUCUCUUCAGCUUCAGUAUCUAUAAGCUACAAGUAGCCUAACUUCCCUCUUGGAGUGUUCUUUACUAGAAAUAUAAAUAUUUACUUUCAAAAUAGCCAGCUGAUGGCUUCAUUCAUGCUGGCUAUUUUGAAUCUUCUGGGGCUAAUCUUUUAUGUUUUUCCGGGUGAAAAUGCCAUAGGACACUCACCAGACAUAAGCACAAUGACAUGUCACUGCAGUGCAUGCCAUCUCUUAGCCUCUCUCUUACACAUACUUGCAGGCUGGAAAUUUAGAAAUUCUGCUGUAUAAAUUGCUACAUGGUUUACCCAAUACAAGUGUUUUUCUGCACCCCUUUUUUGCUCGAAACUCUCAUUAAUGUGAAAGUUAGUGAUGGCUUGAAAGGGGGUUUUGGAAGCAAAAAGGAUGCAGGGAGCAACUCUUCAGUAGUUCACAGACUGCUGUAAAUUCAUGUCUUCUCAGCAAAGAAAUGUAGCAUUUAGCAGUAUCUUCCCAGUGAAAACACUGAGCGUGCUUAUCACUUUUAAGAUUUUAAGGACUGUGUAAUUGUAUCUAUCUCUUUUAAUUUUGACACUUAACCAGUAAUAUUCAACGAGGUAUGAACCUCAGUUAUAUCUACAUGUUCAUGAUACACCAAUCACCAACGCAGAUCUGAAAGGUGAACAGCCAUGUUUUAGUGUUGCAGCUAAGCAAGAAAUCAGUUUUCAAGGAGUUCUAUUUUGGUUUUGUUUCUUUAACACGUUUUCACCACAGAAGUAUUUUUCUACACGGUCACCUGAAGCUUCCUUUCACCAACCAAAACAGUCUGUAGCCUUCUGCACUGUGAAAGGGCCUUGCACUUGCCCAGCAAAUCAGCAGAAAUUUCAUCCAAGCCAUAAAAGCCUCUUAUGCUAAUCUGUUUAUGUAAUUAAAGCAAUUGGGGAUAGGAGCUUCAGGAAUAACGAGGCCUCUCUACCUUCCGUUUUACUCUCUCUCUGUACUUCAUAGGGAUUCAAGAGUUCUCUUUUUCAAGGCUCAGCUGUGUCUCUUUGAACCAGUGCAGUCUAAGCAUCGUGUGAGAUUCAGUUUAUGGAGAUAGCAUUGGAGCGUGAAGAUUUACAAGUGGUAGCAAGGAGUAACGCAUGUCCCUGUUGACAUGGACACUUGCAAGCAAGUCUGAUACCAAGAACUGAAAAAAAAAAAAAUCAAGAUGGUACCAGUAGAUCAGAUUCUG